AUGCUCCCAGUCUGCCGGCGCCUCUGCAUCCUGGUGGUCUUGGGCACCAGCUGGGCGGGCUGGGGCAGCCACCCGGCCGAGGCAGCGCGGGUAAGGCAGUUCUACGUGGCUGCUCAGGGCAUCCUCUGGAACUACCAUCCUGAGCACACAGACCCAAGUUUGAAUUCUAAACCUUCCUUCAAGAAAAUUGUUUACAGAGAAUAUGAGCCACAUUUUAAGAAAGAAAAGCCGCGAUCUAGCAUCUCAGGACUCCUUGGACCUACUUUAUAUGCUGAAGUUGGAGACACCAUGAAAGUUCACUUUAAAAAUAAAGCGGACAAGCCCAUAAGCAUCCAUCCUCAAGGAAUUAAAUACAGUAAAUUUUCAGAAGGGGCUUCUUACCCUGAUCACACAUUCCCAGCGGAGAGGAUGGAUGAUGCUGUAGCUCCUGGAGGAGAGUACACCUAUGAGUGGGUCAUCAGUGAGGACAGUGGGCCCACACCAGAUGACCCUCCAUGUCUCACCCACAUCUACUACUCCUAUGAAAACCUGACCCAGGAUUUCAACUCAGGGCUGAUUGGACCUCUGCUUAUCUGUAAAAAAGGCACACUAACCGAGGAUGGAACACAGAAGAUGUUUGACAAGCAACAUGUGCUGCUGUUUGCUGUGUUUGAUGAAAGCAAGAGCUGGAGCCAGUCACCAUCCCUGAUGUACACAGUCAAUGGCUUUGUGAAUAGGACGAUGCCAGAUAUAACAGUCUGUGCGCAUGACCACGUCAGCUGGCAUCUGAUUGGAAUGAGCUCCGGGCCAGAGUUGUUCUCUAUUCACUUCAACGGCCAAGUCCUAGAGCAGAACCAGCACAAGGUGUCCACCAUCACACUGGUCAGUGCUACGUCUACAACUGCAAACAUGACUGUGAGCCCAGAAGGAAGGUGGAUUGUUUCUUCUCUCAUCCCAAAGCAUUACCAAGCUGGGAUGCAGGCAUACAUUGACAUUAAAAAUUGCCCAAAGAAAACCAGGAGUCCCAAGACACUCACUCGAGAGCAGAGACGGCACAUGAAGAGGUGGGAGUACUUCAUUGCUGCCGAGGAAGUCAUCUGGAACUACGCACCCGUAAUACCUGCAAGCAUGGACAAGAAAUACAGGUCUUUGCACUUGGAUAAUUUCUCCAACCAAAUUGGAAAACAGUAUAAGAAAGUUAUUUACAGGCAGUAUGAGGAAGAGACCUUCACCAAACGCACGGAGAAUUCUAAUAUCAAACAAAGUGGGAUUCUGGGCCCUAUUAUCAGAGCCCAGGUCAGGGACACACUCAAGAUCGUGUUUAGAAAUAUGGCCAGCCGACCCUACAGCAUUUACCCUCACGGGGUGACUUUCUCUCCAUAUGAAGAUGAAGGCAACUCUUCCUCCACCCCAGGCAGUCACACCAUGAUCAGACCAGUUCAACCAGGGGAAACCUACACUUACAAAUGGAACAUUCUAGAGUUUGACGAACCCACAGAAAAUGAUGCCCAGUGCCUAACAAGGCCUUACUACAGUGAUGUGGACGUCACCAGAGACCUCGCCUCUGGCCUAAUAGGUCUGCUUCUAAUCUGUAAGAGCAGGUCCCUGGAUCAGAGAGGCAUACAGAGGGCAGCAGACAUUGAGCAGCAGGCUGUGUUUGCUGUGUUCGAUGAGAACAAGAGCUGGUACAUUGAGGACAACAUCAACAAGUUUUGUGAAAAUCCUGAGGAGGUGAAACGUGAUGACCCCAAGUUUUAUGAAUCAAAUAUCAUGAGCACUAUCAAUGGCUAUGUGCCUGAAAGCAUAUCCACUCUGGGAUUCUGUUUUGAUGACACUGUCCAGUGGCACUUCUGCAGUGUGGGAACUUAUGACGAUGUUUUGACUAUCCACUUCACUGGGCACUCAUUCAUCUAUGGGAAGAGGCACGAGGACACACUGACCUUGUUCCCCAUGCGUGGUGAAUCCGUGACUGUCACAAUGGAUAAUAUUGGAACGUGGAUGUUAACUACCAUGAAUUCCAAUCCAAGACUCAAAAACCUAAGAGUGAGAUUCAGGGAUGUUAAAUGUAUCCGGAAUGAUGAUGAUGAAGACUCAUAUGAGAUUUAUGAACCAUCUGCACCUACAUCCAUGACAACUCGGAAAAUUCAUGAUUCUUCAGAAUAUGAUUUUGGCAUAAACAAUGAUGACUAUGAUUACCAGUUUUCAUUGGCUACACAACUAGGAAUUAGGUCAUUCAGAAAUGCAUCAUUGAAUCAGGAGGAAGAUGAGUUCAAUCUUACUGCUCUCGCUCUAGAGAACAGCUCGGAGUUCAUAUUUCCAAACACAGAUAGAGUUAAUGACUCAAAAUCUUCAAGAAACCUUAGUGGAAUCACCGGUAAUAACCUCAAAGAGUCUCAAAGAACCCCUCCUGGCUCAGGAUCCACUGUGACUGGUACCCUCCUGAAGGACCUCGCUGGCUUAGAUGAGAAUUCAGUUCUCAACCCUGCCACAGAGCAUCAUUCCAGCUCAUAUUAUGAAAGUGAUGUGGGGGAUUCACAGUCAGACAUCACAGUGAUUCAUCUACUUCCUCUUGGUACAAAAGGAUCAGGGAGCCAAGAACAUGCUAAGCAUAAAAAAGCCAAGUCAGAGAGACCCAACCUCAUGAAGCAUAGGUUCCCCCACAUGAAAGUACCAGCCCGAAAAACUGGGAGGCAUUCAAACCCAAAGAAUACUUAUUCCAGAGUGAAGUCCAGGGAGGAAAUUCCUAUUGAAUUGUUCCUCUUAAAACAAAAAAACACAUCCAAAUUUUUGGACAGAGAAUGGUAUUUGGCUUCCGAAAAGGGUAGUUAUGAAAUUAUACCAGCAAAUGAUGAAGACACAGCUGUUGAGAAGCUGCCAAACAGUCCUCAAAAUCAGAACAUCUCAAAGUCUUGGGGUGAUAGCACCUCCCCUACAAAAACAGCAGGAAAGCCAAGUGACAUCCCAGUGUUUUCUAGAGUUAGAAAUAAAUUUCCCCAAGUAAGAGAGGAGGAAAGAAACAGUAGCUUAAUGAAAAUUAGGACUCGAAAGAAGAAGAAGAAUAAGAGGCUUUCACUCCACAGUCCUCUAUCUCCAAGGGGCUUCCACCCCCUGAAAGGGGAUGCCCAACUCACAUUUUUAGACCAGAGACUCAAUCACUCACUGUUACCCCACAAGCCCAAUGAAUCAGCUCCUGCCAUAGACCUGAAUCAGACCUCCUCUUCAACAAGUAUUGACAGGUCACUUCCUGACCAUAAUCAGACCCUCCCACAUGACACUGGGCAGAAGAGCUCUGCUUUCAAUCUGUACCAGUCAGUGCCCCCAGAGGAACACUCUCCAACAUUUCCUGUCCAAGAUCCUGAUCAAACACACUCUGCCACAGAUCUUAGUCACAGAUCCUCUCUUCCACAGCCCAGCCAGGAACUUGAUUAUGACCUAAGUCAUGAAUCCUACCCUGAAGACAUUAGUCAAGCAUCUUUCUUUCCAGACCAAAGUCAAAAGUCUCUCUCUUCAGAAGAUGGCCAAACAAGUCCCUCCUCAGACCUAAGCCUCUUUACCGUCUCUCCAGAAUUGGAUCAGACAACUAUUUCUCCAGACCUGGGUCAGGUGCCCCUUUCUCCAGGUGACAACCAGAUGACUUCUCCCCAAGACCUGGGUCAGGUGCCCCUUUCUCCAGAAGACAACCAGAUGACUUCUCCCCAAGACCUGGGUCAGGUGUCCCUUUCUCCAGGCGACAACCAGAUGAUCUCCUCCCAAGACCUGGGUCAGGUACCCCUUUCUUCAAACAAUACCCAGAAAUCCUCCCCGCAAGACCUUAGCCUCUUGACCCUCCCUCCAGAAUUUGAUGAGGUAGCCCUUCCCCAGGAUUUGGAUGAGCUGCCCCUCUCUUCAGACUUCAGUCAGGUGACCCUCUCCCCAGACCUCAGCCCUUUGACCCUCUCUCCAGAUUUUGAUGAGAUAAUCAUAUCCUCAGACCUGGGUCAGGUGACCCUUUCUCCAGACCUCAUCCAGACAAGCCCCACUCUUAACCACAGGCACAAAACAGCCUCUUCAGAUCCUGGUCAAGCAUCCCACCCUUCAGAUUCUGGUCAGUCUUCACCCCUUCCAGAACUGAACCAGACUCUUCCGGAUCUCAGUCAUGUGCCAUCUGAGCCAUCACCUUUACCAUCACCCACACUCAAUAACACUUCUGUGUCUGAGGAAUUCAACCCUCUUGUUGUAGUAGGUCUCAGUAGAGUUGAUGGAGAUGAUAUUGAAAUUACUCCAAAUGAGGAGCUGGAAAGCAUUGCCGAUGACGAUUAUGCUGAAGAUGAAGAUUAUGUAACCUAUAGUGACCCCUACAAAACAGACACCAGGACGAAUAUCAACUCCUCCAGAAAUCCUGAUAAUAUUGCAGCAUGGUACCUCCGAGGUCAUGGUGGAAACAAACAAUACUAUUUUAUUGCUGCUGAAGAAAUAUCCUGGGAUUAUUCCAAAUUUGCCCAAAGCGAAAUGGACAAUGAAGACACUGAUGCCACUCCAAAGGACACCACAUACAAGAAAGUUGUUUUCAGAAAAUACCUUGACAGUACUUUCACCAGACGUGACCCUCAGGGGGAGUACGAGGAGCAUCUGGGGAUUCUUGGUCCUGUUAUCAGAGCUGAAGUGGAUGAUGUGAUCCAAGUUCGCUUUAAAAAUUUAGCCUCCAGACCAUAUUCUCUUCAUGCCCACGGACUUUCCUAUGAAAAGUCCUCUGAGGGAAAGACUUAUGAAGAUGACUCUCCUGAAUGGUUUCAGGAAGACAAUGCUGUACAGCCCAAUAGCAGUUAUACGUAUGUAUGGCACGCCACGGAGCGCUCUGGGCCAGAGAACCCUGGCUCUGCCUGCCGGGCUUGGGCCUACUACUCUGCAGUGAAUGUGGAGAGAGACAUCCACUCGGGCUUAAUUGGCCCCCUUCUGAUCUGCCGGAAAGGGACACUUCACCCGAAGAGCAAACUGCCAAUGGACAUGAGGGAAUUUGUCUUACUCUUCAUGGCCUUUGAUGAAAAGAAGAGCUGGUACUACGAAAAGUUUAAAAGGUCAUGGAGAAUCGAAUCUCCAGAAGUGAAAAAUUCCCACAAAUUUUACGCCAUUAAUGGGAUGAUCUACAAUCUGCCUGGCCUGAGAAUGUACGAGCAAGAGUGGGUGAGGCUCCACCUGCUGAACAUGGGCGGCUCCCAGGACAUUCAUGUGGUUCACUUCCAUGGCCAGACCCUGUUGGAUAAUAGCACCAAACAGCACCAGUUAGGAGUCUGGCCCCUUCUACCUGGUUCAUUUAAAACUCUUGAAAUGAAGGCAUCAAAGCCUGGCUGGUGGCUCCUGGACACAGAGGUUGGAGAAAACCAGAUAGCAGGCAUGCAAACGCCCUUUCUCAUCAUAGACAAAGGGUGUAAGAUGCCAAUGGGACUGAGCACUGGUGUCAUAUCUGAUUCACAGAUCAAGGCUUCGGGACAUUUGAAUUAUUGGGAGCCCAAAUUAGCACGGUUAAACAAUGGUGGCUCGUAUAAUGCUUGGAGUAUAGAAAAAUCUGCAUUAGACUUUGCCUUUCAAUCUUGGAUCCAGGUGGACAUGCAGAAGGAAGUUGUAGUCACAGGCAUACAAACCCAAGGUGCUAAACACUACCUAAAGUCUUGCUUUAUCACGGAAUUCAAUGUGGCCUACAGCUCUGACCAAACCAACUGGCAGAUCUUCAGAGGGAACAGCACAAAGAACACGAUGGAUUUUGCUGGCAAUUCAGAUGCCUCUACAAUAAAAGAGAAUCAGUUUGACCCACCAAUUGUGGCUAGAUACAUCAGGAUACAUCCAAUAAAGUCCUACAAUAGACCUGCCCUUCGCCUAGAGCUUCAAGGCUGUGAAGUGAACGGAUGUUCCAUGCCACUGGGCCUGGAAGAUGGAAGGAUAGAAAACAAGCAAAUCACUGCAUCUUCAUUUAAAAAGUCAUGGUGGGGAGACUACUGGGACCCCUCCCGUGCCCGCCUGAAUGCCCAGGGCCGUGUGAAUGCCUGGCAAGCCAAGGCAAAUAACAACAAACAGUGGUUACAAGUUGAUCUGCUCAGAAUCAAGAAGAUCACUGCCAUUGUAACACAGGGCUGUAAGUCUCUGUCUUCGGAAAUGUUUGUGAAGAGCUACAGCAUCCAGUACAGUGACCAGGGCGUGGAAUGGAAACCGUACAGGCAGAAAUCCUCCAUGGUGGACAAGGUCUUUGAAGGAAACAGUAAUACCAAAGGACAUGUGAAGAACUUUUUUAACCCACCCAUCAUUUCCAGAUUUAUCCGUAUCAUUCCUAAAACCUGGAACCAAAGUAUUGCACUUCGCCUGGAACUCUUUGGCUGUGACAUUUACUAGAAUUGAAACAAAACAAAGGAAAAGAAAGAAUAAAAACUGAAGAAACUUCUUAAAGCCUAAACCAUUUAGAGUAAGCAAUAUGUUAUGGUUAUUUUAAAUGUUAACAAAUUUUCUGCUAUUUUUUUCUAAUAGAGAAUAAAGUUUAUAU